AUGGAUGUUGUUACAAAGGUCGAAAGUUGGAUUGCUAAUUGGAGCACAGAGGGAGAGUCCGAACUUCGAAAUUUCCUCAUUUCACCUCACUCAAAUCCUUCCGACCCUAUUUGCGCAGAGGCUCUGACGACAGCUUAUCACGCCCUUCUUUUGUCCGCUCUCACAACUUGGCAGCCUAAGCAUUCCUUAAACGCGCAGGCUCUCGUAGCCUUUAUCCAGUCGGUCCUCCUUGCACUUCCGUCCUCCUCCUCGGCACGUGCGGGUCCACCCGUGCAUAAUGCUGUAUUCGGAGAGAUUCUUGUGGAUGUCCUGUGGUCUACAGAUGCUCAGCUGGACGAGUUCUUGGCAGACGCGAAGUCUGCUUUAGUGGGCUCUGAGCAAGCUUCUGGAGGUUAUCAAGUAAAGGACACCACGAAGAAAGACACUACAGAUGGUGCAGUAAAGGCAUCCCGACUGAGGUAUCUUGUUGAACAAGACAAGGAUACCUUAAGCGAGCUCGUCAAAAGACUCCUGUUCACUGGCAUUGUUGAUCUCGCUGUAUGUCGAGAGCGCCUUGACUUGUCUUUGCUUGCUAGUGCCGGUCUAGUUUCGGAUAGAAUGUCGUUUGACAAGAAAGAAAUACGAACUCGCACUGGGCUCUUCUACAAGCAGAACAAGUUCAACCUUCUACGUGAACAGUCCGAAGGCUACAGCAAACUUUCGGUGGAGCUUACGAGUUCCUUGGGUCCUGCGCACUCACAUGCUGAUGCUAGGCCGGUGGAAAGCUAUGCCUCUAUCGAAGACCGUGCGCGCCAAGUUUGGGAAAAGGUCAUCAGCCUCAUUGGGUAUUUCGACCUCGACCCAAAUCGCGCUUUGGACAUCAUCUUGGAUGUAUUGUCGGUCAACGUGGCAACCCACUACACAUUUUUCUUGGCGUUGCUUUCGUUUUCUCCAUGGACUGGACUGUAUAGACGUCCCGCAAUGUCCACUGCUACCCGCAUGGCUGUUGAUCCCGUUACUGAACUGUUGGGGGAUAAGAGCCUGGACGAAGUAUUGAAAAUCACCGAAGCAAAUGCUAGCGAUCAGUCGACACCACCAUUAGAAAAUGAUAGUGGCACCGAGUCUCGAGUGCUAGCACAGGUGCUAGGUUUCAAAUUCUCCCAUUAUCAGUCCCCAGAGGCCCAUGAACCACCCCCGAGGAACCUCUAUCUAACUGCUGCCAUCUUGAUCAGAGAGGGUUUUAUUACUGUAGAAGAUCUUUACCCUCAUCUUACUCCAAGGGACGCGGAUAUUGAAACAUACCACAAGGACUAUCUUGCCCAGGUCCAGCAGCGCAUUUCUGAUGCCAAGAUCAGUCAGCUCGCCAUGGCAGCUCCUUUGGAGUCUUCCAGCUCCAGCUCGCAGCCUCGUGUGGAACCUACGGAAGUGAAAAAGAGCCUUGAGUUCAAAUCUCCCAACCAAGUCGCUGGACUAGUCAAUGGCCUUCUCUCUGUGGGAGCUCUACGCCCGGCCAUCGCGGUUUUGACGAGGAUUCCUUGGCUUGUUGACGCUCACUCCGACUUGGCAGACCUGAUGUUAAGGGUUCUGAAGUAUUCCAUUGCUCCUCUGUAUGAUGCAACAUUCGUCCUCAAGGAACGCAAUCCAAGUUUUACGCAACCUCGUGCACGUUUCAGUGCUACUGGAACACUGGCAGUUCCAAUUCGUAAAUAUCAGCUAUCGUUAAUAGCCCCCACUCCUCCUAGUACUGCGUCAGUCGAUUUCGUUUUUUUCUUUCCCGAUUGGACCCAGCGCAUCCCACUUUGCACUUCUUUUGAGGACAUGGUAAACGUGAUCGAGCCUUUGAUGAGUUUCAUUGGGCUGCACGUUUCGCGUGACGCCUUGUUCGUCACGAAGAUCACGAGGCUGGGACGCUCACAAUUGUUAUCCACUAUUCCAUUGGAUCCAGUUUCCAGAAAACCGUUAGGUGAACCUGACGCGAGUCAUCCCGUCCGGCAAUUCUGGUUCAAGCUCCUUCGGUUAUACUUCCUUCCUGCGCUCCCUCUCAUUCGAGGCAACGCAGUUUGCACUGUUGACAUAUGGAACGUCAUUCGGCAGUACGAGACGACUGCAAGAUGGAGAUUAUACGGGGAAUGGAAAUCCAGCUACAUCUCCCACCCUGAGCUUCGUAUUCGACAAGUGCAAGCCGACCGUGAAAGCAAAGGGAUUUUGCGACGUCUAUCGCAUAAUACAAUCGAGACGCUAUCUGGAACAGUGGCGAAACUGGCUCAUUCGAAUCCUUGUAUCUUUUUCACGAACGCCGUCAACCAGAUCAUGGCAUACGACAAUCUUGCCAACGUCGUCAUACAAGCAUUGCGGUAUGUCACCAAUAUGGGAUUCGAUGUACUUGUGUACGUCAUUCUUGAGGCUCUAUCAAAUCCCAAUAAGAACCGUGUCAAGGACGACGGAGUCAACACUUCCGACUGGCUUCAAAGUUUGGCAUCCUUUACUGGCAUGCUUUUCCGGCGGUACAGCGCUGACCUAUCGCCCUUGCUGAAAUACGUGGUUCACCAGUUGUAUAAUGGCCAGACAACGGAGAUUGUUGUACUUCGGGAGUUGAUUUGGAAGAUGGCAGGGAUUGAACCUCUUCCGAGCCUUUCGGACCCGCAGAUCGCCGCGAUGGCUGGAGGCCCUGCUCUGAGAAUUGAAGCCGUCGCCUCAACGACUCGUGGCGCACGCCUCGACCCAGGUGACGCUGUCCUCAAAGGUCCACAACGGCUCGGGAAAACCAUGUUAGAGACGAAUCUAGCACUAGCUCUCCUUAUCCAAGUUGCACAGCAGAGGCAGUCCUGUGUUUUCAAAGCCCCUGAUGCUCACUUGAAGUCACUCGCCAGUCUGUUUGAUACCACUCACGGUGUCCUGCUGCAAUAUUUGGAUCUGCUUACCUCACCAGCUGUAAUCUCGCCCAAGGACUAUGCAACGAGGAUCCUGCCUAGCCUUGCAGAUCUAGGGGAGUUGUAUGGGAUAGCACCUCCUAUUUGCAUGCAAAUUAUACGCCCUAUGUUGAAUGCUACGAUACUGAGCGCUGCCCAGGAGAAGGAACGACUUGCCAAUGAGGAAGCGGAAAAGCGGUUGAAAGCACGUCUCUCUGCGGCAAAGCGCGAGCCUUCUGCCGCGACCCCUAGGGUGGAUUCGCCUACUGGAGUAAAUGGAGCUAACACUCCACGAGAUACUGGCGAUCAGAAGCCAUCAGCCGACGGUGUACCAGAAGAUGCAGCUAUGGAUGUUGAAGCGACUACAUCGGCGACUCCAGCUCCUUCCGAGAGCCCGUGGAUACCGGAUCUAGAAGCUCUUUUCGACGACGUUAAGCAGAUUGCUAAGAACAGUGCUCUUGAUGUCAUUGGGCCCGGUUUUUACUUGACUUUCUGGCAACUUUCCAUGUAUGAUCUGGCACCACCGGCCGCCCGGUAUGAUGAGGAGUGUGCCGCUUUACGGACACUGAGUCGUCAAGAGGACUCCAAGUAUAUUGCGGCUGACCGUUCUGCUGACAGAACGAAAAGGCUAUCGGCUGGCUCCCAUCGGGCCAAACGGGACAGAUACAAUGCUUUUGUGAAUACUCUUGCUCAGGAGUUCAAAGAACAAACUGCCUCGAGAGUGUUCACGAUGAAACGACUGGCCCGAGAAAAGCAUCAUUGGUUCGCCCACACCGAGCAUCGCUCAUCGGUCCUUGCUUCUGCAAUCAUCGAGCACUGCAUUCAACCACGAUGCCUCCUGUCGCCUAUGGAUUCAGACUUCUGUGCACAAUUCAUCAAAGUUAUGCAUACACAAGGGACUCCAGGGUUCCCUACUCUCGUGGUGUAUGACAAGUUGCUUGGGGAUCACGUGAAGGCGGUUGUCUUUUCCUGCAGCGAAUACGAAGCCAAGAACUAUGGGCGUUUUUUACUAGGCAUAUUGACGGAUCUCUGGAAGUGGGCUCAGGAUGAGCAGCUCUUUUUGAUGGAGAAUCGCACGAAAGUUGGCGGAAAGACUAUUCUGCUUCCGGGUUUCCAGCAUAGGUGGUCAAGUAAAGACCAUGGAAGUAUUGUCGCGGACGACCUUCUGUCAUGGACCGGGUUCAAGCAGAUUCUCCGUAAAUGGCAUCGAAAGUUGGGACGGAGUCUUUUGAGCUGCAUUGAGACAACGGAAUUCAUGCACGUCUACAACGCUAUCAUUGUGUUGAAAGAGAUCCUUCCCGUAUUCCCUCUCGCUGCUGUGGGUGACGCUGGACCUGCCAUCGACUCCGUAAUGGAGAAGUUCCUGGAAAAGGAAGAACGCGGUGACCUCAAGAUUCUAGGCCGAGCUUAUUCUGCGAGUCUGAAGAAGCGAGAGCCAUUCUGGGCAGUUCCAAAGUCACUUGCAGCCAAGUCUAAUGGAGAUCCUAUGUCGCCAAAGCCAGCGAAUUCAGCGGGUAUUCUUCCUGAGAAACAAGCUCGCACUCCCAUUCCCCUCAAUGGUGCUGCAACACCUGUAGCAGAUCGAACUAGCACUCCAGUCCCCACCUUACUUCGUGCGAAUGGAGCGGCUUCACAAGCUGUCGUUGAUCGACCCACCACACCAGCAACGUCUACCAGCAUCCCACGGCCAGAGAAAGUGAGACGAAUACGGCCCGAGAAGGGUAGUGAAUCCCCAGCUCCUGAUGGUGAUGCCAAGGGUGUUGCAAAGUCCGACUCGAUGGACGUUGACACGCCUCUGAAUGAACAGAAAUCGACACAUGUUUCCAUCCCCGAUCAUAUUCUUCGCCCUACCCCUCGUCUUCAUCAAGGUUCCUCCCAAAAUGCCCUUCCGUCAACUCCGGCCACCAUGGCUAAGGAUGCAUCCAGACUUCAGCGGCCACCGUCAUCGAGUUCUGCCCCGAAUACAUGGGAAUCCCCACACUCACCACGUCCUAGAUCUGAUGAAAAGCAAACACAACCGUCCUCAAGUGAGGCUAUGCCACCGCCAUCUGCUCCAAGCCAGACACUCUCGGCGCAAGAGCUGCGCGAAACUGCCAAACAGAGUAUUGGCAAUCGCCCACCAGAUCGGGCCGAUGAUAAGCGAUCUCAACCUGGUUCUGGUGCACCGUCCCCAAAUCCUCGUCGCCGUACUCCUUCUCCUCCACCUCGUCCUGGUACAAGAACUCACAGCAUGGAGAGCCGCGCUAGCGGUCGACGUUCUGACCGUGGAAGUGGCGAUGGCGAUCGUCCUGAUGAUAGGCCAUCUGAUCGUGAGGCUCGGCUGGAGCCUCGUGCACCAACUGGACGUAAAGACGCUGCCACGCACCCCCGAAGUGAUAGAGGCACCCGAGAGCGAACAUCUACUCGAGACAGUGAUCGAGACAGAGAGAGUGAAAGAGACAGAGACUCUCGCCGGGACAGACAUGCUGAAAGGGACCGCGACAGAGACAGAGAGAAGGAGCGGGAUCGGGACAGGGAGAGAGACAGGGAGAGAGAUAGAGACAAGGACAAGGAUAAGGACAAAGACCGCGAUCGUCGUGACCGAGACAGAGAGCGUGAUAGAGAUCGCGACCGUGAUCGUGACCGUCACCGCCGAGAUGAGAAGGAUCGUGACAGAGAUUCAAGGAAAGAUCGCGAGACUUCUGGCCGUGGUCCUACUUCCACAGCAGUUGCCACUGCCCUGGACACUCGUAAUUUGCCCACUCGUCCUGAUCCCACAAGGCACAGUAGCCGAACACAAGUGGGCGAUGAUGGACUCGGAAAGAGGAGGCGUCCUACUGACGACGAGGCUGACCGUAAUACCAAGAGGAGCUCCCGUAAGGAGGGACACCGUGAAGAUCGCACCCGCAGGUCAGAGAAAGAGAGUCACGACCGACUUCGAGAAUCUGAUCGGCGUCGGGAGCGAGAAGCACCUGAAGCUGAAGUACGCCACCCUAUAUCUGACCGACCUGGCGAGAAGCGAUUACCAGAAGGUCCUAAAAAUUUACCUCCUAGUACACCCUCUGCACCACGGGCGAUGGCAUCUGGGGAUGCGUCUAGAGCUAAACCUGAUAUUCCUACUAGCCGGAGUGGUGGGGAUUGGAAGAGUCAGCGUGACCACGGCUCACACACGUUCCCGGCCUCCACCAGCGGCGGGCUGAACCAGGAUGUGGCUCCAAGUUUACGUUCGCGCAUCGGCGACAAAGAGCCUCCCCGCACAGCUCCGCAGGCACCAUACCGCUCUGAAGUUCCACAUAAGGACGAUGACCGCGAUAACAGGAAACGAACUCUAGCAGAUCGCGAUAAAGAUGUCGGUGAAGCCACCAUCUCAGCUGCAGGAGAACUCUCGUUACAGCCCCCCAAACGACCACGAAUCAAUCGCAAUCGGUACAACCCCCAUGCCCUCCAGGCUCACGGUUUAGCCAAAAGGACCUUGCCUAUAGAUCCACAAGCUGGGGAUAAGUCUCGAUCAACACGUUAG